AUGGCUUGCCUCUUACGCACCUGGUGGCUGUUAGCAGUCGGUCUCCUCCACUGCCCAUGGCUGUCACAAGCAGUGCUUCUGGCAAAAGGCGAGAUCGUGGCAGCCCAUUUUUCCGUCAAGCCGGACCAUGUGAUAUUUGACCCCUUCAGUCCGACCCCGGAGGUUACGCUACCGUGUAACGCAACAGGAGAACAGCCAGUCACUUACAGUUGGAGAAAGGAUCGCCAACUAUUAGAUCUGAAUUCUCGACAACCACCAUACGUGAUGGACGCCGGCGCAUUGAUCAUCCAGAAUCCUGAGAAGAGCAAAGAUGAAGGCUUUUAUCAGUGUGUGGCAAGGAACGACUACGGCAUGGUCAUCAGCAAGCCUGCUAAUCUCACUUUUGCUUAUUCAGACCCGUUUGCUCCAUCUCCCCGCCCGCCUGUAUCCGGAAGUGAGGGCGAAGGUGCGGUGCUGCGGUGCCAGAAGCCAGACGCAUAUCCAGGUACUUCACUACAUUGA